AUGUCAUCAAUUUGUUCUCUCCUCUUCCUCUAUCUUUUUCUUCUUGAUCUAUUCUUCACUUCAUCAUUAGGGUUUCCUGACCACCAUUUUGGUUCUUCAGAGACUGACUUAAGCAGCGAAGAGCAAGCCGAAAGGCUCGAAAGAUUGAUCGACUUUUAUCGAAAAGAUGAUGUUAACAUCUUCAAAGGAAGCUCAUCCAUUAAUAUUAAUGAUUCGAGGCGGGUUGGGAAGAAGUCUCCUCUUCCUGCUGGCUCAGGUCCUUAUAUAGAAUUCCUUGGUAACCAUGUUGGGUCCUAUCCGAUUAAAAGUUCUAUAAGUGCAAGAAUGUUCUACUUCUUCUUUGAAUCAAGAGGAAACAAAAAUGACCCAGUUGUAAUAUGGUUGGGUGGAUGGCCUGGAUGCAGUAGUGAUUUGUCAUUGUUUUAUGGAAAUGGUCCUUUUCAUGUUGGAAAAGGUCUCUCUCUUAAAUGGAAUCAUUUUGGUUGGAAUAAGGUAUCAAAUAUUAUAUUUGUUGAUCAGCCUACCGGAACAGGUUUUAGCUCUAGUCCAGAUGUGAGGGAUAUUCGUCAUAACGAAACUGGUGUUAGCAAUGAUUUAUACAACUUUUUGCAGAAAUUCUUUGACGAACAUCCUACGCUCAAGGAAAAUGAGUUCUUUAUUACCGGAGAAUCUUAUGGCGGACACUAUAUUCCUGCUCUUGCUUCCCGAAUUCACCAAGGAAACAAAGCGAACGAGGGAAUUCAUAUAAACCUAAAGGGAUUUGCUAUCGGUAAUGGAUUUACAAAUCUCGACAUUCAAUUACCAGCUACCAUAGAGUAUGCUUUGGACAAGACCUUAAUUGAGAAAAAAGAACAACAUAAAAUUUGGGAAAUGAUUCAAAAAUGUAAAUCAUCAAUAGAAAAAUGCUCGUUGUCUGGAGAUAAGAGUAAUUGCUUCAAAAUAAUUAUUAAUUGUGGGGGCGUAGUCCAUAAGAUUCUUGAAAUCGCUGGCAAUAUAAAUUUUUUUAAUAUUGCAAAGACCUGUGUGGGUAAAUAUUGCUACGACUUCACAAGCGUGGAGAAACUCUUAAAGGAUCAAUUAGUGAAGGAGGCUUUGCAUGUUGGGGUUCAAUUUGCUGCCUGCAACCCCACAGUAUUCAUGGCCAUGUUGGGGGAUUGGUUCGAGAAUCUUGAUGUAGGAAUACCUGACCUACUUAAGGAUGGCAUCAGGGUCCUUAUUUAUGUAGGAGAGCAAGAUCUCAUAUGUAACUGGGUUGGAAAUAAAAGGUGGGUGCAUGAAAUGAAGUGGUAUGGCAAAGAAAAUUUUGCAAAAACUCCAAUGAGUAAUUAUUUUGUUGAUGGUAAAAAAGUAGGAAAGGUCAAGAAUUAUGGACCUCUUUCUCUUCUCAAGGUUUUCAAAGCUGGUCAUAUGGUUCCUAUGGAUCGACCAAAAGUUGCACUCCACAUGAUAAAGAAUUGGAUGGAAGAAAAUUUUCCAUAA